GGAGCGACUGAUGGAGGAAGGCGGAGAGAGCGAGAGAGGGGAAGGGUGGGAGGGAGAAGCCCUGGGGACACCGAGUACUCUUUCAGAACGGUUUGUUUAGGGAUCCUGUCUCUGUUGACUGCAGCAGCAAUGGAUCCUCAGCUCUUUCUUCCCUGGAUCACCGUUCACUCACUGUCAUCCAUGUUACUCUCAGGGGACUGAAAUCCCACCGAGGACCCUGGAGAGGAACUCAGCUCAGGGUGUUGGUGUGUUCUAAGGCCAAGCGGUGCUCCGGUUGGGAUCUGCUCCUUGUUUUCCAACUAUCCCGUUGGUUUCGGAGACUGCUGGAAAGUUCAAACGGACACACUCCCUCACACUAUGCACAGCGGGCAAGGGCUCAGAGAUUAAGGGUUUUGUCUGCAGUGCUGGCGGAAAAAGGACUGCGCACGUCUUGCCAAAGAAGGCGAGGAUGUCUCAGUUUUUCAUGCACUGCUCAAGGCCUUGCAGGUGCGACGAGCAUGUGUUUUUUGAGUGGCUUUCUUAGCUGUUGCUCGCCCUCGCGUCGUACAGGUGCAAGAAGGAAAAAGUCGGAGAGGAACGAAUGCGGCGAUCCAGCCACCAUCCUGCAUCCUUCUGCAGGGCUGCUGUAGUGUGAGGCUCUGGGGGUGAUGGAGGUGUCACUGGGGAUUUGCUCAGGCUUGUUUGAAGUUAUUUUUCCGUGUCAAAGGUGAAGGAUUAUGCCUUGGGGUUGGAAUGCAGCCUGGAAGUGAAGAAGUUGGAGAGCGGCCGUAAACACCACCUCACCAAGGAGUGUGAGCCUGUUUGCUUUGCGUGCGUGUGUUUGUGUUAGCCUGUUUGCCUGUGUGUUAGUUAGGCGAGUUUGUGCAUGACUGCGUGUCUAGUGGAGGGCAGGCCAGCGCCAUGCUACUGCUGAGGCAGUCGGGGCAGCGGAGCGGACUCUCCACGGGGCCACAGGUAAGACUGUAAAAAGCCCAGCGGUUGGGAGGAAACCGGGCCACAGUGUACCGCAUCUCGGUUAUCCUGAACGGACCUCUGGCGUGUGAGGAGGGGGUGGGCCUGGCCACUCGACACGCCCACCCGGAAGAGCGUCCUCCUGCAGCUGGGAGCGCUGUGGCACUGCCACGGCCGAUUCAGGGGGAGGAGGGACGCCUCAGACCGGGCAGGGCAGGACAGGAGCUUGGCAGGUGGCCCUCACUGAACUACACCGGCAGAGAGGAGCGGAGGAGGGAGGAGGCAGUGGAGGAGGAGGGGGGAGGGAAAAUGAAGACGGACCGGUUUCUCCGACAGCUCUCCUGUAACUCAGCAGCGUCUCAGGCAGACAGGAAGACGGCAGCGGUAGAGGCAGAGGCAGCCACAGCAGCUCCAAAGCAACGGCAGACCCAGGUGGAGACCCAGGGACAAGACGUUUCUCCCCAGACUGAAGGGCCUCUCCCUGGGCAUCAUGGGGGUGUUCUGGCCGAUUGCGGCUCUCUGCCCCGGGUUGUGCUCCAUAGGAGGCCAUCCCAGGAUGGCGCUCCUCCAAACAGCAGACGGGCUCUGAGCAUGUAUGGUGCUCCAGCCAGGCAGCAACGAGGCUCGCUAAAUAACCAGGACAGACCAGACAGACCAAGGAGACCCAGAAGUGUGUGCAUGCUGGCUGGCCCCAACCUCAACCCUGCCCUGUUAGAGCCCAGCUUCCACGCGUCCCACCCCCAGCAGAGCUCCAGGAGGUGGGCUACAGGAUCUCUAGACGGUCCCCCUGAGCAGCGCUGGACCAGGAGAGCAGAGCUACGGGCGGUCGACGGCCUCAAGCCGGGGAUCGUCGCUCAUCGAACGGUGGCAGAGGCUGAGGACGAAGUGGUCCCCCGGGUCCGGAAGCACACCCAGAACCCGAGGCCGGUCAGUAUGACAGUGUUGGAGCUCAGGAGGAAGGCCUACGGGUCCCAGGACAAUCUAAACAGCCAAGGGGGAAGCCAUGUGGGAGGUCUGUUCAGCCGCUGGAGGCUGUUCGGCCGACCAACCCAGGACAAGGAGAAGGAAGCAGCCCCAGGGUCCAAGCCAAACAGCAGGCCAGAUGUCCCCAAGAAGACCCUGAGCUCAUUACGCCGGAGCCUCAGCCUGCGGAUCAGGAGGAACCGGCCACGGGAGAAAGUGGACCGGUCCGAGGUGACAAGCAUCGAGACAUCUCACCCCUCGCGUCCCUUCUCAUAUCUCACCGGGAGAACCCUGUCAACUCGGAACGAGAGGGACAAUGAUGGAGGCAUGCCGUAUGUUCAGUACCACGGCCAGGGGAAAGUAAAAGUGACGGAAGUUCCUGUCAGCUCAGCCAAACUGUCGUCCUCCACUAAACCAGCCCAGGAGGAGCUCAGUGUGUGGCAGCUCAUAGCCAGCCGCUUUAGGAGGAAGGAGCAACAAGAGCCAACAAACACUAAAUGUGAACUCCUGCCCCAACCCCCUAGCAAGGAUAUUCAGACCGGCGAAUAUCCCUUGGCCGAGAUAAAGAAGCCUCAGUCUGUUGCCAUAGAGACUCUGUCAGACAUUGACUGCAGCAAAGGUCAAGACUCUUUCGUCAACAGCCAAGAAUGGACAUUGAGUCGAUCAGUGCCCGAGCUCAAAGUGGGCAUUGUGGGUAAUCUGUCGAGCGGGAAAUCAGCCCUGGUUCACCGGUACCUGACAGGCACGUACGUGCAGGAGGAGUCCCCAGAAGGCGGCCGUUUCAAGAAGGAGAUUGUGGUGGACGGACAGAGUUACCUGCUGCUGAUCAGAGAUGAGGGAGGCCCUCCAGAGCUGCAGUUUGCUGCGUGGGUAGACGCUGUGGUGUUCGUCUUCAGUCUGGAGGAUGAAAUCAGUUUCCAGACGGUCUACAACUACUUCCUGCGCCUUUCCAGCUACAGGAACACAGCAGAGGUCCCGAUGGUCCUGGUGGGAACACAAGAUGCCAUCAGCGCUGCCAACCCCAGAGUGAUUGAUGACUCACGGGCCAGGAAGCUGUCCAAUGACCUGAAGCGUUCCACCUACUACGAGACCUGCUCCACCUACGGCCUCAAUGUGGAGCGAGUGUUUCAGGAUGUGGCCCAGAAGGUGGUGGCUCUGAGGAAAAAGCAGCAGCUGUCUAUUGGUCCAUGCAAGUCCCUCCCCAACUCUCCCAGCCACUCAUCAGUCCCUAAUGCAUCCAUCCCCUCUGUGCAUAUUAACCAGGCAGCGAAUGGCGGGGGUGCGUUCAGUGAUUACUCCUCCUCUGUGCCCUCCACUCCCAGCAUCAGCCAGAGGGAAAUGCGCAUCGAAACCAUUGCUGCAUCCAACACACCCACACCCAUUCGCAAGCAGUCCAAGCGCCGCUCCAACAUCUUCACAUCACGGAAAGCCAGCAAUGAACAGGCAAAGACCCCUGAGAGUAAAACAGACAGCAUAGGCAGUGGAAGGGCCAUACCCAUCAAACAGGGAAUUCUUCUUAAGAGAAGUGGGAAGUCCCUGAAUAAGGAGUGGAAGAAGAAAUAUGUCACACUUUGUGACAAUGGCCUCCUUACCUACCACCCCAGUUUACAUGAUUACAUGCAGAAUGUGCAUGGGAAAGAGAUCGACCUGUUAAGGACCACAGUUAAGGUGCCAGGGAAACGACCGCCCAGAGCGGUUACCGCCAUCGCCCCAUCUGCCAGCCCCCAGACUAACGGGCUGACCAAGGACCGUAGUACCCUUCAGCUGGGCAUUGGCACCACAGGUGCGCCGCACUCCAACAGCAGCACGUCCCUCCAGUCGGAGCGCUCUGUCAGCGGGUCGGGUCUGGUCGGCUUUGGGGGCAGUAAGGAAAGCAUGCACCAACGCUCCUUCUCUGUGUCCAGCGCUGACCAAUGGAACGAGGCCGCCAUUAACGCCAGUGCAAGCACCGGGACCGCCAAUGGGAUGGGCGAACCUUUGACCUGCAACUCUGGAGUGGGCAGUGCUACAAGUCCCAAACUGGAGCCUCCGCCCUCGCCUCACGCCAAUCGCAAGAAACACAGACGGAAAAAGAGCACAGGAAUCGCCAAGCCAGAUGGGCCGUCCACAGGCAAUGAAGAGUCCGAGGAGUCAUUUGAGUUCAUCAUCGUGUCUCUGACGGGUCAGAUGUGGCACUUUGAGGCAUCUACGUACGAGGAGAGAGAACUGUGGGUCACAGCCAUUGAGAGCCAGAUCCUUGCCAGCCUGCAGUCCUGCGAGAGCAUGAAGAACAAGUCCCGGUUAGGGAGCCAGAGUGAUGCGGCGUCCAUUCAGUCCAUAAGGAAUGUGAGAGGGAACAGCUUCUGUGUGGACUGUGAUGCAGCCAACCCUGACUGGGCCAGUCUGAAUCUGGGGGCUCUGAUGUGUAUCGAGUGCUCAGGGAUCCACAGGAACCUGGGCACCCAUCUGUCCAGGGUACGGUCUCUGGACCUGGACGACUGGCCUGUGGAGCUCUGCAUGGUGAUGGUGGCUGUAGGAAACGCCCUGGCCAACAGUGUCUGGGAGGGAGCUCUGGAGGGUUACACAAAGGUGGGCGCUGACAGUACCAGAGAGGAGAGGGAGCGUUGGAUCCGGGCUAAGUAUGAGCAGAAGCGCUUCGUGGUGGAUCUCCCCCAGUCUGAUGUGCCCCUGGGCCAGCAGCUGCUCCGGGCCGUGGUGGAGGACGACCUGAGGCUUGUGGUUCUGCUGCUGGCCCACGGCACCAAGGAGGAGGUCAACGAGACGUACGGCGACGGGGAUGGACGCACUGCCCUGCACCUUUCCUGCGCCAUGGCCAACGUGGUCAUCACUCAGCUCCUCAUCUGGUACGGCGUAGACGUGAAGAGCCGGGACGCGCGCGGCCAGACGCCUCUAGCCUGCGCCAGGCGGGCGGGCAGCCAGGAGUGUGUCGACAUCCUCCUCCAGCACGGCUGCCCCAAUGACCCCGUCAGCGGCAGCGGGACGGCCCCCAGCGCCGGCAGCAGGAACCCCAACGUCAACAACAACAACGCCCUGGGCGAGCUCAACCGCAGUGUCAGUAUCAUGUAGGACCUGGAGUGGACCGGGGUUGGACCGUACUCACGGAUCGCCAACACCGCUAAACGUGCCCACUGUGUUCCCUUAGACUCCCCACUGACCACACUGCUCUCCCCUCCCCCCGUCCUCCUGCUCUCCCCUUCCCCCGUUCUCCUGCUCUCCUGCUUCUUACUCUGUAACCCAGACUGAGUGACUGAAGGGUUUGUUUGGCGCAACGGACAGGGAGGAUACAUCCCAGGACGCUGACGGUGAGGGCUGGGGGGUGCAUUGUAUUUGAUGUUAUUCUUCUCGUCGGCACAGAGGGGUAUCUCUUUCAGAAAUGAUCAUGAUCAGCUUUAAAGCUUUUUUUUUAUUGUUAAGCAUCAACCAAAUGAAUGGCUCAAGAUCAUUUUUUUUUUUAUUGUUUGGACAUUUGCCGUUCAUCACACCCCUGCUAAAAUAGUUUGUUUUUAUACUUGAACGUUUCCUUUCAUGUCUUCCUCUGUUAGAGCCAAACUGUUUUUUAAUGUACGGAUAUGAAAUGAGUGAUUCCCUCCAUUUAUGCUUCCAUGCCUACUGUAUAUAGUGAAAGGUAACACCUUUGCAACACAAUUUGCUUUAGAUACUCAAAAGGAAAUUCCUGUUUGAUGAACAGCGCUUUCUAGGUGGUAUCACGCGUAGUCACACAGGAAAGAAACUUACUUCAGACGUUCUUUGGUGUAAUUUCGUUACAUCAUGAUCCACCAUGCACCACCAAUUUCAGAUUUAGUAAGGUGCUAUUUGAGCGAUCUAUUAUUAGUACUAUGAAGCUAUCAAACUGUUGUCAUGCCAUUCACAUGCAAAAGCAAAGCAUGUCUAGCUGAAGGGCAAAAAAAAAUGAAAUAUUUUACAUAUGGGCAAAUGGUUUAUAUCGUUUAAGGGAUGAUUGCACAAUGUAAGAGUUUUGGGAAAAUCAUAAAGUGAAUCUUUCUUCUUCCAUCCUGAUCAUGUUCCUCUUGCAAAUCAUCCAUGAUUGUACGGAAUUAAUGGGUCUGUUUUAUGAGCAUCUUGCUGAAUGGUUUUUGUAAAGAUGCCUCUUCAAUCAGAAAUCAUUCACAGGGAUGAUUGAAAGAAGGAAAUUGUAUCAUUAAGACAUCUUUUGUUGGAGUAAUUUUCUGACGGGUUUAAAGAGUGUUGAUAAUUAUUUGACAAAGAUCACAUGACCCUGCGUUAACAUUUCUACAGGCAUAAUGGAAUAUUUGUUAUCCGGUUGCCAAAGCCCUCUAUAUUGGCAACCAUGAUAUUAUGAAUUCUGUUGUAGCAUUGAACUGUCUGGUACGUAAAGCAGAAUGCCCUGGCUGGACAAUUCCUAGAAUUAUUGUAGAAUAUUUACUAGAUUAAAAAAAAGUUAAUCUUGGGGAAAUUGCUGUGUGUGUGUGAGUGUGAGUGUGUGUGUGUGUGUGUGUGUGUGGUGCAUGGGUGGUGCAUGUGUUUGUGAGUGGACAAAAGAGCAAGCUAGUGACUGGGUAAAUCUGUAUUGAAGACAAAAUACAGAGAAAUGUAAAACAAGUGUUGGGAGUGGAAAUGUGUUUUCAAGUCUGCAGACCUCUAUAACAAUAGCUUCACCUCCUAUUAGACUGAUCUUGAAACAGUGUGGGUUAACUUUGACUUCUGGAGUAGAAUCUUUCCCUCAUUUCCUAUCUGACUGACGUGACUUUAACCACCCAUCCAACCCCUAACUCGUAUUUAAGGGACCUGACAAAGUACUCUGAAGUGUCAAAAUGUUGAGGGACUGAAAGGGUCAAGAAGGGAUUGAGAGAACAAACAAAUGACUUAUUACUUUAUUGGAACUCAUCAUGGUAACAUCAUAUGAAUACAUCAGCACGGGACAUAUGACAAGACAAGAUGGAGGAGGGACUUUGACAACAGAAAUACUCAAGUGGUAUUGGUAUAAAGUCUAGACAUCUUUUUUUCUUACUCUCCUUACAUUUUUGGGUUUGAUAUUUAAACCCAGUUUUCUGGUCCUUAGGUUUACUAUUGCAGUGUUUAUGUUUACAGGGCAAAGGCUCUUUAUAUUAACCUGGGUAGAUUUUUUUACAUGGUUUUGUUGAUUCGCAAGUAGCUGAAACCGUUUGAGAGAAUGUCAGUACAACUGCAAUACAACCUGUUUGUAAAGACGUAACUAAAACCAGCUUUACCCGCUGUGUUCUAUCAGUAUUUGUAGUGUUUGAAGCCAGAAUAACAAGAUGCAGAAAACAUGUCAAAUACAGGUUAAUUUGUGUUGUACUGGACUUGGCCCUAUGAUUCAACCAAAUGACAUUUAGACUGGUGGUCAACAGAGCUUAUAUACAGCCUUAAGUUAUAACGGUACAUUGACAGGUUGGUGUUUUCCCCUCUUGUGUAUAGUAUGUGUAUAAACCUCCAUGGAACCAUCAUCGUUAUUUGAAAGAAUUCUCCGUACCUCUCAAGGUAUGUCUGAUAAGUUAGUAGAUAUGUUUCCUAAUAGACUUUUAGGUAUAUCCUUAUCUCAUGCCAUAGGACUCUAUUCACUCUUGUAAUAUAGCCGUUCCCCAGUACUCUUACCAUUAGCUUAAUAUAUCAACGUUAUCCUAAGCAAAAUGUUUUCCCCCAAAGACAGGGGCUCUUCUGAUAAUGCACCUAUUGUCCUAAAUAGUGCUUUCCUUCUGACCUGAGCUCUGUGUGGGAGCCAGUCAGAACCACUGUGAAGGAAGUUGGUUACCAUUUUCGGAUACUCCCCGGAUGUAGAUAUUGGUCCAAGAUCCUCUAUGACCAGACACUCUCCAAGACAAAAAAUUGAAACAUUUCUUAUUCAUGGUCACUGACUUGUAAACCUUAAUUUGGUAUGUUAAUUUUUUAAGAAUAUUUUAGGUACUGUGGUUAGGUCUCUAUGAGUGUGUUCACACUGACACCCCAAUUUGAUUUUUUUUUGCCCAAUAGCUGAUCUUGUCGGUCAAAACAUUAAUUAAUGUAAAAGAUCAGAAUUGGGCUGCCUUUGUUAAUGUAGCCAAUUAAUCUAGAUUAUCUGAACAUUUGAGGUACUUUGUGUAUAAUGAUGUACAUUUGACAUAUUUAUAAUGCAGUAUGUAAAUAUUGUUUGUUUUUUGUUGAAUUUUCCUAUUUUAUUUUCUUCUCUAUACGCUCAGAACGUGAAACAAAGCGUAAAGGGUUAUGUGUGUGCUAGGAUGCUUGGCUGACUGUUGACCUAUUCAUCAAACACUCCAAUAAAACAAUGUAGCCUUUCCUGGAUUUGGGAAAUAACAAAAUG